AUGGCAGAGGUGGAGACCGAUAUAACAUCGACGUCACCGGAAUUUCCCCAUAUUUGGAGCAAGGGAAAUUUUGUCGGUGGAAGUGUAAAUGUGUUCGAGAUUAUCGACCCUAGCGAGCCAAGGGAGGUCAAGUUUGUUGGCAAAGAUAUUUCUGUCGCAUCGACUCAAACCGAAAAGAAAAAAAAUUUGGCUGAGCUUAGAAUUCUGGAGCAGAUAAAACACCCGCGAAUAGUAGCCUUCUAUGGUUUCAAACAAAACCCGAACCUUUUAACCAUAUUUUACAAAUACAUGAAACUUGGUUCUGUGGCAAAGCUGAUAAAAGAAAGAGGGUCGCCUCUAGAUGAGGCCACAGUGCGACUCUACACUAGACAAAUUCUUGAAGGCUUGAAAUAUUUACACAAUAAUAAACCGAUCAUCAUUCACAGAGACGUCAAAGGUGAGAACGUGCUGCUGGAGUCACCAGACAAGGUCCAGCUGACCAACUUCGGACUGUCCAAGAUCCUCCACACACUGACCAAUGCCAGGUCAAAGGUCGGCACGUCCUACUGGAUGGCGCCUGAGAUCAUCACGGGAACAGGAAGUGAAAACUAUGACGUCAGGGCGGAUAUAUGGAGUUUAGGUUGUACUGUGGUAGAGAUGGCCACGGGGAAUCCCCCAUUCGGUCACCUUGACGAGGUUGAAGCGGCUAACAAAAUCGGCAGCGGUGAAAAAAUGGACUACAAGCUGCCAGACACAAGUUCUAAGGAAAUGGUCAAAUUCUUAGGCAAGACGUUCCACAAGAAUUUCAAGGAUCGUCCAAGCGCUGAGGAACUGCUCAAGUCGGAUCUAUUUAUAGCAGGAAAAGUGUAA